AUGGCUUAUUUCCAGAGAAGAGGCAUACUGUCAAUUUAUUGUGCAAAAUACAGUUUAAAAUUUGCGUGAAUACAUCAGGAUAAAGGACAUACAUGUAUAUGGAUAUUCAUGGAGAAGUUAUUACCAUUCUCAUUUAAACCAAGUGAAAAUCCCUGGUUUCAGUACAUGGUAUGCUAAGUGGUGUUAAAUACAUUGACUCCACAUCAUGUCGGAUCUAGGUUGUGGAGAUCUCGCUCCUCCUCCAUACCACUGCCGACGAUGUCAGUUUAGCACCCCAGACAUGGAGAGUUUGCAGCGUCAUCUGGCGACGGAGCACAUGAUGGACCUGGGUCCCCCACCGUACCUUUGUCGCAGGUGCCCGUACAGUGCUGCGGACUGGGAAAGCUUUCAGCACCACCUGGUGACAGAGCACAUGAUGGACCCUGCUGUUGCUGGCGUGUUUUCCUACCCCCAACCACUAGAGAACUACCAUCAGGGAAGGGAAUCUCUCCCUCCACACCAUGGCGGAGGAACUCGGCCAGUAUAUCGAGACUAUGACACCAGCUUGAACUGUGACACAGCACAGUUAAGAAUGCUGGCCAACCAGGCCCUAGUGGCAGCACAGAGGAGUCACAGCCCCCCUUCACCACCCAGCUCAGGGCCCGGUGUCUCCUCACGCUACCAGCCCGGCGCCGGUGGUGUCAUGGCGCCCAACACCACAGUGGGACAGUAUGACAUACAUUCCGCUACCAUAAGUGGUGCGGCGGUGUCGUCACAGUAUCGACCAGGUAGCAGCAGUGGUGAUGGACUGGGGACAGAGACUACGGCACCGCUGUACACCUCGCAGAGGUCCACAGGUAGUACUCUGGCUGGACAGGACACAUACCAUCAUACUACUGUACCAGUGAGUUCACGCUACCAGCCAAGUGGUGCUAGCAGUUACUAUGGCAACUAUGGCGGAAUUCACACACUGAGUGCCGCAGCCAAGCUGUACAGCGCUGGACACGACUUUGACAGUUAUCCCAAAGACACGCACACUGACAGGCCUCCUGUUUACCAUGACAACCAGCGUUACCAUGACAAUGAACGCAGCUCACCUCCAGUACAAUACCAUGACAACAGUCGUAAGACGACCCCGCCGCCACCACCACCACCACCACAGCCGCCAAGGCAAACAAAUAUUCAGCAAUCCACAGAGGAUGUGAAUGGUAAUGAGGCUGAAAAAGAACCACAAAGUAGACAAAUUGAAAAUAAUGUAGGACCUAUUAACAGUAAUGAGAAACAGCCUGCACCAGUGGAAAAACAGGAUAAAGAACUCUCAACACAAGUGCAGUCUAUGGCCAUAGAUACCGCAAUAGCUAGUAUCAUGAAUAAAUUAACCCACAACUCAGAAAAUCUACAACAAUCUCAAAAUUCCAUGCAGAGCUCGAGGGUCGGGUGUGAUGAGGAGACCAGCCAUCAGUUGAGUUGCAGGUCAGAAGGCUUAGAAAGUCCAGAUUUGCCUAGUCAACCAGAGAGCCCCAAUGGCGGUGGUGAUGGCGACACCACUCCAGGGCCGCCAUUAUGCCAGAGUUGCAGCAGUGGUGCUAAGCCAGUACGGUGCUCAAAGUGUAAUAUCCAGUUGUAUCCAUGGAAACGUAACAAAAUGGUUUCUACGGCAACUCAGUAUGAAGCCCCACAGUGUAAUGAACUGUCACCUGUGAAACAAGAGACUGAUUGUGCUACUGAGAGUUUAGGGGCAGGGCAUCCUAAAAAGGAAAAAGUAAAGAGACCAAAAAAACAGAAAUUGGGGAAGAGAAAAGUUAAGGAAGUAUCUGAAUACAUGACACCAAAACGUGUAAAAUUGGAAAAUAAUGCUGACAAUGAUGACGGAGAUAACAAAGAUAAUGUUGAUGAUGAUGAUGAUGAUGAUGAUGAUAAUGAUGACGUUGACAAUCAUGAUGAAACAGUUGCCAGUGACAGUAAUGACAAUAGUGGGAGUAAAAACAAUGAAAAGAAGAGCAUAGGUCAAAAGAAGAAAAAGGGAAAAAAGGCCCCCUGUGCUCCACUUCCUGAUAUGCCAGAUCUUAAUUUUGAAGAUAUCGCAGAAUGUAAGAUCUGUGGCGUUAACUUGUGGUCUGACAGCGAGCACGCAGCACACAUGCAGAGUCAUGUGAGUCCCGAUGCUCCGCGAGAUUUAAGGUGCUAUGUGUGUGGUAAUCUGACUUGUAAGGCAUCCAGGUGGGAGAUUUUGUCGGCCCAUCUGCAGUAUGUGCAUCAGGUGACCAUGGUGUACAACUGCCCCCACCCGCGAUGUGCCGUCCACCUGAAGACCAAACAGGAGAGCGAGCUUCAUCGCAAGUUUCACACUUCCAUGGAUCCAGAGGGGGAACUUUACACUUGCUUUGUGUGCAACUAUGUGCCCAGCGGGAAAAGUCAAGAAUCCCAGGCAACCCAGUGGCAUUACAUGAUGGUUCACGUCCACAGAAAACACCGCUUUAAGCUGUUCCAGAGGGUCAAGUGUCCCAACUGCCCCAAGAAAAUGGUCAAGAUAGAUGGGAUGCUGAAACAUGUGGCCAAGUGUGAAGGCAGUCCAGAAGCACUGGCCGUCACCAACCCAGACAAUGACAGCCAGGAUGUGAAGUAUGGGUGUAGCAGCCUGUCUCAGACUGAGGAAGAAGACAAAGUUAGGGAAGACGCUGUUGAGGAAGGAGCAGAGAAACAAGAUGCAGAGAAAAAAGUUGGGAUCAAGAUCAAGAUCUCCAGAAGGAAGUCCAGUAAACCCAUGAAGAUGAUUUCCCAGCCAGCCACCAAAGUGUCAAAACCUGCCCAGGAACUGGCUCCAUUAAAACCAAAGAUAAAGAGGAGGGCCAGGACCCCCAAGGAAGAUUCUGCCAAGUGCCCCAUCCCAGGGUGCCGGUCAUUCAGUGUCCACAAGUCUGAGCUGGACGUCCACAUGAACUGCCACCUGAACGACACCAAGGCCUUGAAGUGCCUGAAGUGUGAGUUCAUGCCAAAGAAACAGGAGUGGGGGUCCAUGAGGGGCCACAUUGUACAGCACCACCCUGGGCUGCUGGUGGCAGAGUACAACUGUAGUAUCUGUAAGAAGCCCUGUAGCUGUCCUGCUGCUCUGAGAGAUCACAUGGUAAAACAUAGCACUCAGAUGGUCUACUUCUGCCAUAUAUGUGGGAAUGGGUUUAAGAGAAGAUGUGGUUUUAAGAAGCACAUGCUAACCCAGCACACUGAAGGCUACGUGCCAAAACGUGCUGAGCGUAACCUCAUGUGCGAGUUGUGUGGUUACAAGACGGACAGACCUUACCUGCUGGAAAGCCACAAGAAUGCCCACUAUGGUCUACGACCGUUUAAAUGUGACCUGUGCGACUACGCAGCAGCGGACUCGGCCACGCUGCGCAAACACAAGCGGAAACAUUGUCAAGAUAAGAUGUACAAGUGCAAGGAAUGCGACUACGAGUGCAACUUCAUGCGCAACCUGCGCCAGCAUGUGGAAAAGAAGCACUCUGAAGUGGUGCAGUCCCAUAACUUCGAUAAAUACGUUGACACAAGGAUGGUGAAGAAGACAGGCUUGAAGGCUAAUCUUGAGGCCAACUUGCUCCAGACUACGAUGCCAUCUACAGGACUGCGCUCCUCCCAGCAUUCUACUCAACCUGCACCCCAGGUGUCGGGUGCACAGCAGUCCACCCCUACCCAGCAGACCAUCUCUCCCGCGGCAAAUUUGCGAUUAAGAGUAACUCAGCCCAGUGACUGGAGUGCACACUUCCAGAAUGCCGUGUCUAGGAACGACUCCUCGCCAGCGCCAUCUGCUCUCCAAGAUGGGCCCGAGUGCCAGUCUCUCACAGACAUGUUGAGUCACACAGUCACUGGGGCCAGUCCACAGCCUAGUCACCUGGCAUAUGGAGCCAGAAGUCUUCAGGUGGAUUGGCAUAAAUUGCUCUAUAACUCAUAAAGGUUUGUCUUCUUAGGGAGCGUAGAGAUAAACCAAUCUUACUAGCUGGAUUAAUCCAACUCUGCAGGAGGUUCUCUCUAAGUGCAGUCACUGUCGUUGGCUUAAAUCUCUGACGUGCCUCCUCGAGCUGCUAAGGUUAAUUAAGCUUAGCACACAUAAAAGUCAAUUAUACCAUAGCUCCUCAAGGAAGCAUGUCUGACAAUUAAGCUGAUUAUACUGAAUGCAGUUUAACAAGAAUCCCCUGCAGAGUUGGAUCGAUCUAGCUGGUACGAUAUUUGAAUCUGAACGCAGUCUUAGAGACGGACAUUGGGGGAGGGAAGGUGGGGUGGAACGGCAGUGACAGUUCUGUAUCACUGUGAUUUCAGUUUAAGAUAGCAUUGGAUAACUGCAUAGUCUCUACACCAGUUAUGUUCAAAAAUGGAGAGGAGAUAAUUACUAGAAUAAGUGCUGCUGGUAGUUAAAGAUUCAUUUCUCAUUUUCUCAUAGCUUAAAGACAUGACAGCCUCAUAAUGCUUUAAAAGGGGAUUUCCAGCCAUAUUUGCAAUGGAUUUGGUUUAGAAGAAAAAUUUCACAAAAAAACCAGUCCAGCAUUUGGCUAUGCUUUUAUUAGUCUAGGAAUCAAAAUCAAAAUCCUGCUGAAGUAUAGGACAGCAUUAAACCUGGGAUCCUAAUGUAAGGGCCUAGAUCUGAAAGGUUGGUCAGAAGGAUCAGGGAUCCUGGUAAAGGAGCAUUUAUCCUAACAGAGUGUCAGCCAUCCUGAUAAAGGUUCAGUUAUCCUAACAGAGGGUCAAGCAUCCUGAUAGAGGUUCAGUUAUCCUAACAGAGUGUCAGCCAUCCUGAUAAAGGUUCAGUUAUCCUAACAGAGUGUCAGCCAUCCUGAUAGAGGUUCAGUUAUCCUAAUUUAGCACCUAUGAAUGCAAUCAUAACAGCGGACUAACAGAUCCACGGAUUAAAUAUGGCGUCCCACUAAAAA